AUGGAUGAUACAGUAUUAAAGAAAUUUGAAAUUACUGAAGAGGAGUUGGCCAAAAUGAAGGAAAAGUAUUGGAUUAUAGCAGGAACAAGUACUUCAAGAACAACAAAUUCAAUAAGCAAUAUUUAUAAUAAUGAAAUAAUUACAAAUCCAGAUGGUGCAAGGAAUUAUACAUUUCUCCAAUCCCAAGCAUGUGUACAAAGAAUGCGUCAUUGUCGACGUCCACCAAACCCAGACACAAUUGAAGAGUUGGCAGGUAUUCUGAAUGAACAUAUGGCAUAUGCAUCAACCUUGCAGCAUCCACCUUCACGGUUUUUUCAACAACUAUUUGAAGCUGAGGGAGAAACUGUUGGAUUAGUAUUUUUUAAUUUAGAUGCCAUCGGAAAAUAUAAAAAUGAGCUUUUAUCUGUCAGAGUUGCAGGAAUUGAUGGAACCUUUAAAACGGUACCAAAACGUCCUUCUCAGUUUACUAAUGGUUGCCUUUUGACCUUUCAUGUACUUUUUUAUAAUGUUUCUUUUCCAAUGGUAUAUGCUCUCACAUCAAAAAUGAGGAAAGCUACAUAUGAAUCGUUCUUCCAUAUUGUUUUGAGAAUUUUGCCAUUAAAUUACGCUCAACUGACUAUAGUUACAGACUAUGAAAGAGGCUUGAUGAAUGCUGUAAGAAGAAUUUUUAACGAAAGCAAUCUGCAGGGUUGUUGGUUUCACUUCUGCCUGCAAGAUGUUAUUCGAUACUGCCAAAGAACCUUAAGUAGUGUUUUUCACUUGUUUCAAAAUAGUCCAGAAGCCAAUCGAGUAUUAAAAAUGGUAUUGGCAUUACCUCAUCUAACAGCAGAAGAACACCCUUCCACAUUUUUUACACUCAUAAGACUGCAUAGACCCUGCAGCGAUAUGUAA